AUGGACUCGAAUCAUUACUGCCUGAGAGACGCUUCAAAGGAAAUACGACUGUUUGACCUUGUUUCAGCAAAUGAACAGGAAUCUGCGCAAGGACGCAUCCGCCGCGCGAUACUUAGUGAUGCGCCUCCGUUUGUGGCCGUUUCCCACGUCUGGGGGGACAAGAGCAACGAUCGAAGCGUCCGUCUUGAAUCAAGCUGCGGAACCAAGUAUGCUCAAAUCUCAAUGAAUCUUGAGGCAUUCUUUAUAAGACUUAUCGGGCUUGAUUCGACUACCCUUCCUCAAACAUGGUUGAAGGGGUCAAGACUCCCUUUGUGGGUUGACAUGAUUUGCAUCAACCAGAUGGAUGUGGCUGAGAAGGCGUUGCAAAUUCCCCUCAUGCGGGAGAUUUAUUCACAAGCAAGCUCAGUCAUCAUUUGGAUCAACGAAGACGACAGUCGCAUUGGCCAAGCUUUUCAGUACCUUCGACACCUCGUUGCAAAUAAAACGACGACCGAGAUUGCAGACAUAUGGACGCUCUUCGAUCCCGAUGGAUGGGAAGCCCUGAAAUACCUUUUGGAUUGUAGCUGGUUUCAUCGGAGAUGGGUCCUUCAAGAGUUUGCGGUGCCAAAGGAUGCCGUCUUCCUUUGCGGCUCAGACGCAAUGUCAAUCGAUGAUCUGUUCAGAGGCAUCGACAUGGCCGCAAGUGUGCUGAUAGCACGGCCUAGGAAGUUCAAGAUACUCCAUCCUGCACACACUGGGUCGCUGAGGCCAGCGCCUGCAUUGAGGGAACUAAGGAAGCAUUAUGCCGAGCCCGAUUAUCAUGUAAGCCUGCUUUGGUUGCUAGAGCACUUCCGUUCCACCACAGCAACCCUGGCUCACGACCAAGUUUAUUCCUUGCUCGGUCUAUGCAGCUCUAAAGAGGUUGCUGGCAACCCAAUUCGAUAUGAUCUCGAACCUGAAGAGACAUACAAAACUUUUGUUGAGACUCAUGCACGGCUGUAUAACAACUUGGAGUUUCUCGGGCUCUGUACAGCGGCUCAGCGUGACUCUGUGUGUUCAGGUUCGGUGGAUGAGUUCGUAUCUCGCCCCUUUGCUGGCCCUUCGUGGGUGCCCAACUGGCAUUCAGAACGUCUGCAACGCUGCUUGGGGUUGAAUGAUUAUGGCACCAAUCUCAAGUUUUUCAACGCUUCGGACAGAAUCCCCAUGACGGCGCUAUUUCGACACAACGAGUUGGAAGUUACAGGUGUUUGGCUUGAUCGAAUCUUGAGUAUCGGCCGUUUCUGUCGCCUCGAACGCCGCCACGAGUUGAUAGAUCCUAAUUCCAGACUGUUUCAAGAGUAUUUCGAUUUCUGGACGAGCGUAGCCGCGGCUGAAAGAAUCAUGCCAUAUAGAGACAAAAAACAUCUAGCCGAGACUAUUGCCCGUACUCUGAGUCUUCUCGGCAUAUACCUGAACCCGAUGCCUGUGUUAGCGGACAUUCCAGACAUGUUCUGUCGAUGGUGUAGAGGCUCGAAUUUAGGCAGGCAGCUAGCAGAAUAUGGACUCAAGCCCAAGAAUGCUACGAACCUAGAGGGGGAAAGGGUCUUUAUGGGGAUGAGGCGUCUGACGGCUUGGGAGCCUUUCAUCACUGAAAGCGGCUUCAUUGGUCUUGCUCGAGGGAACAGCAGUGUGGGCGACGAGAUUUGGCUCGUUGGCGGCUGCAGUGUGCCUCUUCUCUUGUCUCCGCAGACAGAGGAUCCGGCCGGCUUCAAGGUCAAUGGCGAAGUCUUUUUCGACGGCUUCAUGUUUGGAGAGGCAAUGAGGAUGGACGAGUUUGGAGAUACUUCUGUGCAACAAAUCACUUUAGUAUGA